AAACCUCACACAGAUCUUAGAAAGACAUUCACCCACGAGACUUCACCGCAAGACUUUACUGGAACACUUUCGACAGACCAUCUCAAAGCCCUCGGCCAUGAAGUUCCAGGCUCUCAUCUUGAUCCUUCUCCUUGCCUGCAUGUACCCUACUCUGGCUCAAGGUUCUUAUGAGAACUGCUGUUUAAAGUACAUUGCCGGACUGAAGAAAAAUCUUAAGCGGAGAAUUGACAGCUACAGGCGUCAGGAAACGGAUGGUGGAUGCAACAUCCCAGCUGUUGUAUUCUCCCUGAGACUGAGGGACAACAAAGUGAAGUCGGUGUGUGCGGAUCCCAAAAGAGACUGGGUGAAGAAGCUGACGACGGACAUCGAUCGACGCCAAGCAAAGGUCUAGACGGGCGCUCAUCGCAAAAGAGCCUUUUUUUUUCUCACAAGCCUGAGACUUGGCCGUGCGUUUGACCAUCACUGCGAGAAAUCUGAGCGAGAUUGGGUCGCGGACGCUUUAAGCACACUGUCCAUCCAAGCCUUGAUCACUUCCACACGCUACAGACCUAAAACCUGGUGUGCUAUUCAUCACUAGAGAUGUUACUGAACGGGUAAAACAGCGUAAAGACAGAAGGAGCUUUUGUUUUGUGAAUUGUACACAUGAUAAUCUGUUUUAAGUUUUAAUUGGAGCAAAAGCACGAAAUGAAACAAAAUGUCACCCAGCGCAUUGUGUGGCGAAGAGAAUGUACAAAUACCAAAUAUGUGAGAGCUGCAUGAGCCUGUCAUUUACCUCACAGCUUUAAUGAGGCAUGUCUUCUCUGUCAUAUACAUGUCUUCUCUGUCAUAUACAUGUCUUCUCUGUCAUAUACAUGUCUUCUCUGUCAUAUUCAUCAAUGCGUUUUCUUUUCCCAAUAAUAACAUAUAAUGUUCUCAAAUAUACUCUAGAAUGUUUAUGUCUUCAAGAUUAUAUAUAUCUAUGUAACACUUGUGCGUGUGUGUGCGUAUGUGUGUGUGCGUGUGUGACAGAGAGAGACAGCGAGAGAGUGAGAAAGAAAAACAGUGAGUGAAUGAUUAAAAACAAAUGAAUAUCGUCACUGUAUUACUCAUUUUU